CAGCCAUACAAGUCCCCUCUUUUACUAUCCCUGAAGACUUCACUUGAGUAUAGACUAGCGAGGCUUCACAAGGCUGUGAUGAUCGACAGCAAAAAGUCUGUGCAAAUGGCCCGACCCCGCCUGGCCCGCCGCCCCCAAAAUUCGAGGGUCAUAAAUAGUCCAGCUGCGCCGAUGCCGAUUUAUCACUUCUUUUUUCCAUCCAGCAUCCAUCUCAUCACAACAAAUGCAACUGCUUCAACUGCCGGCAGAAAUCCUGCAGGCCAUCAUUGGCCAGCUCUCUUCACGAGCGUCGCUUGCAAGUCUUGCGCGCGUCUGUCGGCACCUCGAGUCCCUAGUGGACCCUAUCCUCUGCCGAUCAGUUUAUCUACGAAACCACGAUGAUGAACCUCUCAUUCGUGCUCUAGAUGCUCGUCCUGCCCGUGCGCAGUAUAUUCGCGAGCUUCUGAUCCAUUACCAUUAUGUGAACGUUCCGAAUCAGCAGGAGUACUACCCGCUCCUGGUGGAGGAUCUGGUGCCAACACUGCGCCGUCUGGUCAACUUGAGGAGACUGACUGUCAAGGGACUUCUCUACGAUGCGCCUCGCAGUUACGACGACCCAGAUAUCGGCAACAUCGAAAGAUUCGACGCUAUAGCAAACAAAUGGUACCAACUGUUUGAGCAAGCUGGUGAGCCAUACUCGGACGUCCUGCCUUCUCUCGAAUCAUGUCAGAUGAUUAUGGAUGAUGUGCCCUAUCAUCCUGACACACGGACGGACUUGUGGAGUUUCGAUAUCCGGAGCUCCGUCAUGAUUCAUCCUCGUCUACGGGACCUCACCCUGCUUGGGGCUCUCGUUGGAGGCUUGAAUCCUGACUUGUGGUAUGAGCCGCGCUCAACACCGCUGGAGAGCCUCACUCUGCUCUGCUGCGAUGUGUCGGCGGGUGGCAUGCGCGAAAUGUUGAGUCCACCCAGGGCUUUGAAGCAUUUGACUUGGAAAGGAGUCCCGGCCACGAGCCCUCCUGAAUUCUGGCCCGGAGAGCGGCAAGAAUAUCUCAAUGCCAUCCGUACCCAAGCCGAUUCGCUGCUCAGUCUUGAUCUGGACUUCUAUGGAAUUGGCGGCCAUCACCCGCCGCUGGAUUUUCGCGACUUCCCGUGUCUACAGCAGCUCACUAUUGAUUCGAAAGUGCUUAGAGGCAGUGACACAGAUGCACAAGCGGGUGUGCGACAUUCCGGGGGAUGUCUUCUCCCUGGGAGUAUUCAGAGCUUGGUUCUUCGGGAGUAUAGAGAGUACAGCGCGCCGGACGUGAGAACCCUGUCUAUGGUCUAUUCUUGGAUGACAUCCGGAGAGCUAUCGAGUCUGAAGCGCAUCAAAAUCCAGUCGGCGAAAUUUAGCAUGGCCAAGAUCUGGAAUACUACAAUUGAGGGUGGUAUGUCAGUUGUAGAUGCCUUUCGGUUGGUUGGCGUACAGCUAGAGUACGAGAAAAUUCAGUCCAGCCUGGACGAAGAGUAUUUCGGCUUCGACUGCCACUGUUGCGUAUACAACCUGCGAUACGACAAUGGCUUCGAUUAUUGACUUGCGUUGAUGUGUACGCGGAGGGACAAAUUAAUAUCAUCAACAGACAGCGGGGCUGUAGAUGGAACGAAAGUAAUCGUCACUUCCAGGGCGGACCCACAGCCGCGUCAUCCGGCCUCGGCGACCACAUCUGGGAGCCGAGGCACUAGAUAAGACAAGGUUCUCCGCCUAUCUUCUUCCUCAGAGCAUCAAUCAAGUCACGCUUUUUGGCUGCUGGCGACAAACAGAAGCAUCAUGUCGCGAUUAUCCAACUCCCUAAAGGCGCUGAUCAACGCCCCAGCGGCGCGACCCAACACGGUCCCAGCCCCUCGCGACAUGAAGGCCGUGUACGCGAAAAUCCAGCAAAGCGCGCAAGCGAAUGGACUUUCGCAGCCCUCAUGGGUGGCACUAUCCGUAAGCCUCACCAUCCCAAUCCCAAUCCCAUU